AUGGCGAACAAAGCUGCUUGGCUCAAGAACCCCAAAGAGAGGCCAUUGCAGAUUGAUGAUGCCCCUAUGCCAACACCCGGGCCUGAUGAGGUCGUCAUCCGGAAUCGAGCAGUUGCCAUCAACCCGGUUGACUGGGCAAUCCAGGCCACCGGUAUGUUUCCGAUCAGCUAUCCAUUCAUUGGCGGCCAUGAUGCAUCCGGUGAUAUUACGGCUGUUGGUUCUGCUGUAACGGACUUCAAAGUUGGCGACCGUGUUGUUGCCUUCCUCAAUCCCACGGGGGACGGGAAUCGAUCAAAUGGCGCGUUUCAGUUGUUCUUCAAGACAGGCGUGAAUGCCAUCGCCAAGUUGCCCAACAACGUUUCCUAUGCUGAAGCUAGUGUUUUGCCGAUGGGGCUCGGUGUGGCAGCAUCUGGACUCUUCCAAGCUGAUACGCUUGCUUUGCCAUUUCCACAGGUCGACCCAACGCCAAAUGAUAAAGUGGUCCUUAUCUGGGGUGGCGGCUCGAGCAUGGGGGCAUGUGCAAUCCAGCUUGCCAAAGGCGCUGGUUUCAAGGUUGCCGCCACUGCUAACGGCCAUAAUCUUGAGAGUAUGAAGAACCUGGGAGCCGACUACGUAUUCGAUUAUACCAAGGAUAGCGUCAUCGAGGAUGUGUUAGCUGCACUGCAGGGAGCGGACUUCGCUGGAGCAUUCUGCGCCAUCAUCGAGCCCGAAGUCAUCAAGCAGUGCGCGCAGAUCGCAAGCAAACUUGGAGGAAACAAAUUCGUCGCCAAUGUUCGUGUGCCUGCAAUGCCACCAGUCGAAGGCAUGCCUAGCGAUACCAAGACCGCUUGUUGUAAGUGA